CGCGCAAACACUAGCGGUCGGAAAAGGCUGUCUUCAGCUGGUUUUUUUUCUUCCUUCGGCCGGUUGGGGAGUGGAGGAGGAGGAGGAGGUGGUGGAGGUGGAGAAACGGGAACGGGAUAACGAAAACACUUAAUACAUAAAUCGCGGAAUAUAGACACAGGCAACAGUCACGGACUGAAAUAUAUCCUACACUGUCUCACUUUAGAUGUGCCCAUGUCAGCGUCAAUGUACGUCGAAUGACACCAGUUGAAGAUGAGAAGGCAAAAACGCAGACUGGCUGUUGGACGAGUAAUAGAGGAGAAUAUACAAAAUAUACAAGUUGAAGUGACUGCUCUGAAGUUUGCUUAAUCGUAGGGCCAGCCUGAUGUGUCAGUAGAGGGAGCGCUUUCCCUGUAAACUGACAUGACCACUGGAGAGUGCUGUCAUCUUCCUGGAUCACUGUGUGACUGCACUGGCAACACCGCUCUGUCAAAGACAGUGGAGGAUUCGGACAUCCGACGAGCACAGUACGUUACUCAGGUCACCGCUAAGGACGGCAGACUCCUUUCCACUGUCAUCAAAGCACUGGGGCCGCAGAGUGAAGGGCCUAUCUGCCGAAUCUGCCAUGAGGGAGGCAGUGGAGAAGGACUGCUGUCCCCAUGCGAUUGCACUGGUACGCUGGGUACAGUGCACAAGAGCUGCCUGGAAAAGUGGCUUUCCUCCUCAAAUACAAGCUACUGUGAGCUGUGUCACACAGAGUUCACAGUUGAGAGACGGCCUCGGCCCCUUACAGAGGUAACAAAGUGGCUGAGAGACCCCGGACCUCGCAAUGAGAAGAGGACACUUUUUUGUGAUAUGGUCUGUUUCCUGUUCAUCACUCCUCUGGCUGCCAUCUCGGGCUGGCUAUGUCUUAGGGGAGCCCAGGACCAUCUGCAGUUCAACAGCCGGCUGGAAGCAGUGGGGCUCAUUGCUUUGACUAUUGCACUUUUCACCAUCUAUGUCCUUUGGACCCUUGUUUCAUUCCGCUAUCACUGUCAGCUAUACUCUGAGUGGAGACGCACCAAUCAGAAGGUUCGCCUAUUGAUUCCUGAUGCCAAGGGCGCCCAUUCUACCCAGCAUUCCAUGCUCUCCACAAAGAUAAUGAAAAAGACUGCAGAUGAGACAAUUGUAUGAACUAUACACAGCACCCUAGCCCCAUUCCUAAUUGUUUGAGUUCUGGGGAAAUAGUGGGAUCGAUAAGAUUUAUAAAGCUUCAGCCUUCAAGGACACCCUUUCUUGUGUCAGUUUUGUCCCAGUAUAAUUUUGUGAGUGUAUCUGCGUGCUUCUUUACAAGCUCUUUCAUUGAAUCCAAGCGCAAGCAUUGUGGGAUCAUCUUGUUCUCCGCAUCAAUAACAUGUGAAUCACCAAGACCCAGCAGCCAUCAAGAUUUUUUUUUUUUUUUUUUAAUUUCUGAAACCUGCCCCUUUGAAAUUUGCAAAUGUUCAUUACUCUGUUUUGGUUUUGUUUAUUUCUCUCCAUUCCCUGAUCAUCUUUGCCUAUGUCAGCACCCCAGACAUUCCUCUUCAGGUGAUACUCAUAUGUUGUUAAAAUAAGUAGUUCAAUUUUACAUACAAGAGACUGUACUUACCAGCAGAUACAUGCUGAUCUAAUGAUGUUAAUUUGUUUACUGGGGGGAAUAAUAUUGCCGUUUACAUCCGUAUACCUGCCUAUUUUGUCAGUCCUGAACAAUUUCUCUUAAAUAACUAUAGUAUAUUACAUGUCCUUUUGUUACAAUAGAUUUUCCAACUGUUUAUACUGUUUUUCUGGUGGAGCUGAGAGGGUGAAGUGCAUGAAUAUUUUAUGAAACUGGUGAAUAAUGAAUACGUCGUAGAUAUAUGUAGGUAGGUUACCCCUUAAAAGCUAUCUGCUAUCUGUCUAUGCCCCUUCCACACCGUCCCAUGCUCCUUUCCUUCUGCCCCCACUAUGGUAGUGGACCUUGAAUGGUGUAUAAUUUCUUUUCUCUGUAGACACCUAGAGAGACCACCAUUUGAACUCUGCUGUCCACAAGUAUGUGCAAUAAUGUUUUAUAUCCUCUAUCAUUGUUAAAGAUUGUGGCACAGUGCUGGAAGAAAGUAGUGAAGUGAAUAAACAAGUUCACACUUAAAAGGUACACACACAUGUGUUUUCUUGCAUGCUCAAGAGCAUCUUUUUUUUUUAGAAAGUGUGAUUCAAUAAAGAUUUUUUUAAAAUCCAUCUGUUUAGACGUAAUGGACUAGAAGGACAUAUUUUUUUUUUUUUGCAGUCAGUUUUGAACUAACAUCAAGGUGCUGCAGUUUGCUACAAAUACUUAUAGAAGACUCGGAUGCAUUUGCACAGUCUUUAAAUAUAAAUAUAUAUAAAAUCUACAAUGAUUGUCUGCUGAUUCUGUAUGACUUUGUUAUUCAGAACAAACAUAAUUUAAUUAAAAAUUAUAUUAUUAUACUGGGUGAAAUUUAUAUUUACAUGCACCAUAGUGAUUGCUGCUAUCUUCAGUUAUGUAGUUAAGAUUUGAAUUGUAAUGGAGUAUACAGGUAUACUGCUGAUUGACCCACAUUAAACAAGGAGGAAGCAGAUGAAUUCAAUGGAGCUCUUGUAAGAUGAAUGAAAAUGUAAUUAUGCCAAAUGAUUUUCCAUAUGUUUAGGGAAAAAUCACAUCUGCUUCUCAAGUAGAUUUAGCAUUUCUGAAGCAAAAACCCUUGACUUCAGUUUCAGUUCAGGUAGCAUAUUUUAAUGUGCAUAUUCAGUCUGUAUUUUAGAACCUUGAAAUUACUUUCCUGCAUUUCAAACCAGAUAUACUUUUGCAUGUUUAAAAUACAGUACAUGCAGCAUUAAGAAAUUAACCAUUAUUUUUUCCUAUUUUUUAAAAUUGUACAUUUAAAUAUCUGACUUUGACUUAUCCCAUAUUUUAUAUUUUCAAAUAUAAACGUAUAGGAUUUUUAAGCAUAACUGUAAAUAUGGUGUAUAUAAGAUUUAUAAAUAUAUUCCGCUUUAAUGUAUACUUGUAAUAAGUACAUUCUUUAGAUGUGUAUGUUUUAAAUAUUUAGAAGUUAUUAUAUACAUUUAUGGCAAUUAAAAAUUUGCCAAGUGGACUAGUUUUGAAUUUCAACGAGAGGUUCUCAGUCAGUCAAACUGAUCAUGGUCAUAAAGUGCAUCAAGUAACCUUGAAUAGUAUUAUAGUAUGUGGCUGAUGAUGGAUUAAAUUUGGAUAGAGGAAUGUUAGCGGCACAGUUAAGUACAAUUCAUAACAAUUAUUUGGGAAAAUUGCAAAUUUGUUUUUAUUUAAAAGAAAAAUAAUGCCAAAGAAAUAAUAUAUAAAUAUUUUUCCAGAUAUAGAGUAGAAGAGAGAGCAAGAUCUUAGUCUUGGACGUGAUUGUUGAGAGUGGAGGAGCCCUUGAAAAUGAAUGUUAGGGAGAUUUUCAAAGAGUCUACAUUUUUCACUUACAUAAACAAACAAGUCGUUUUACAGCUCCUGUGGUAGUGAGUAUCACCAAAAAGUUUUAUUGAACAAACUGAAAUAUAUUAUCUGAACAGAUGGAAAGCUGGCUUUAGAGGACUGCUGCUGACACAUUCAUCUAUGUGGGAUUAUCCCCUUGGCAUUCUGUGGUUCAGUUUUAAAGAGUUAAAGACAAUUAAUUCUACUGCUAGAUUACUGAGUAACCCUGAAUAAGAUGCUUUGACUGCCUUUUCUCUGGUGGUGUAAAUAUAUCCUUCUAUAGAGUUGUUGUUCUACAAUUGUAAAGUAUUUAGGGUGGUGUUGACCAUGAAAGGUGCUAUAAAAUAAGGCUUGAUAAUUUUGUUUUUGUGUCAAGUAGGUUAUUGAAGAAAUGCUGUAAAUCUAAAUUGGGAUGGAAUAGAGAGAAACAUAUAUUAAAUCAAGUUUUUUAGUUUAGCAGUUUUUCUAAAUAAGCAUUUGUUUUUUAAUCAUUUACUGUUAAUUAUCUUCAAACCUAAUAUUGCACUGAAGAUCACCUUUUCAAUUUGCCCACCAAACUAUGAGAAGUGUUUAUCUUGCUUUUUUAUAUUUAAAUCUGUACAUUGGGAUAUUAUGAGGUUUUAACUGUAGACCUUCAGGUGCCUGCUGAACAAAUGUUAAAAUUUACCAAUAAAUGUUAUUGUAACAGCUUUGAUCCUC